AUUGUUUAAUGAAGAAAAAAAACCCAAUUCUCUUCUGGUCCAAAGUGUAAACAAAAUUCCAAUUAAUUUCCUUCACUUACGAUAGAUGGCAUUGCUUGGUUCAAUAACAAUCGUAGGUUUUAAACGUCAAAACACUCGAAUACAGCAUGACAUUCAUUCAGUCGAAUUGUUUGCGUUGGUUAGUUGCAGAAGCAUUCCGAUACACAAACAUACGGAUAUUUGGUUGACUUGACGCGCGUUUUCCAGCCGACAAACGACGUUUAUCUUGUUGGGUUGGAGAGAGAGAGAGAGAGAGAGAGAGCAAGCGAGUACGGGCACGCACACAUCGAUCCAUUCAACGUUGUGUACGGAAUUCCAUCGCAUCGUAUCAACCGUAUCCAGAAAAAAAUACAUGGAGAAAGAAAUGAAUGUGUUGGGCUCCAGAAUAUAAGGCAAACCACCAGCAGCAGCAGCAGCUACAAUCCUAUGUGCGUUUGUAUUAGUGUAUACGCUGUGUGUAUGCGUCGAUUUCGUUGAUACGUUCAUGAAUUUUGUAUUUUUUCGUUUCAAUAUGGCGAAAGCAGUGUUUGACGUUGGGUGUGUGUGAUUUAUUGCGCUGCGUUUUUCAUGUAAUUAAGUAGAGUGCUAAAACAAAAUCAUUUCUUUUUGUGUUUUAUUCCUUUGCAUUUAUUGUAUUUCGAUUUCGUGUUCAUUAUGUAAAUUCGCCCAAAUUUACAAAACCAAAACGAUUCCAAGUUUUAAAUGUUUCAGUUUGGUUUGAGCAUUUGAUUUUGGAAAAAGACGCAAACCAAAUCAAAUGAGGAAAGAAGAAGAAAAAAAGUUGAACCAAUCCAUAUAUAUACACACAGUGAGCAAAAGUGUAGAUGCUAUCAUCGACCCAAUUGAAUGUGAGACGAGAGAGCGAAAAAAAAACUGGGUGUAAACGGGAAUCGUAACGAAGAGUCGAAUUAAUUGAAAAUAUGCAAUUUUUUGUUAUUGCAUUCGUUCGUUUUAUUUUCUAAUCAUUUUAUUUCGUGCGUGAGUGAUAUUUUUCAAUAUAAAAAAUUUGUUAUACAUAUAUUUAUGUGAGAAUUGUGUUGUGAGAAUCAAAGAAAGCACCGAAUUUAUUUGUUGCCAAAAAAAUCAUACCAAGUAAAUUAUAAAAGAAACACGAAAAAAAAGCGUUAAAAAAGUUCACAGAAAAUUUGAAAUACAUGCAGUACAAUGGUAGAGCAGCAGAUCGGAUCAAAAAUAUUCAUGCAAAUAGUUUGAAUAAAAUCGAGAAAGGCGAAAAAAAGGGCGAGAUGGUAGAAUGACUCCAAAGAAUCGGAAUGAACUAGUAGUAAUUCGACGAAAUAGUUGCAAUCAACAUCGACGAAAUCUUGAGGUUCAUUUCAAUUGAACCGGUGACUGUUUUUUUUUUCUUCUUUCAUUUCGUUCUAAAUUAACGAAACUCGACCUCGGGCACACGAUUUGGCCACAUUAAAUAGUUCACGAUAGACAAACACAUUUCGCCAAUCAACGAGAGAUCCACUCAAUACCAACGAUACACACGCAAUUAAAAUCGAAAAUGGCACCAUCACAAGCAUCGGGCAAUCGGAUGACUCAUUCGAUCAGUACACCAUCUGGUGUGGAUGGUUCAGCGUCUGGGACCGGUCGUGGAUCGAAAAAAAUAGCCAUUCGCGUACAAAUGCUCGAUGAUUCAAUCACUUUAUUUCAAGUGCAGGCCAAAGCACUGGGCAAAGUGUUAUUCGAACAAGUUUGCAGGCAAAUCAAUUUACUCGAAGCCGAUUACUUUGGUUUAGAAUAUAAUGAAACUACUUCAAAUGUUAAGUAUUGGUUAGAUCUGGAAAAACCAAUAAAUCGACAAGUUGGCCUAUCCCUCGUCGAACCUAUGCUUAAAUUUUGUGUCAAAUUUUACACCCCGGAUCCGGUGCAACUAGAAGAAGAGUUUACACGAUUUUUGUUUUGCCUACAAAUCAAACGAGACUUAGCUGAUAAUACACUACAAUGUAACGAUAAUACGGCUGCCUUAAUGGCCAGCUACAUAGUUCAAGCAUCAUGUGGCGAUUAUGUGGCUGAAGACUAUCCCGAUCACACGUAUUUGUCAUCGUAUCGUUUUGUGCCACAUCAAGAUGCCGCGAUGCAACGAAGAAUUAUGGAAAAUCACAAAAAACACGUAGGACAAACGCCAGCUGAAGCGGAUUUAAAUUUGCUGGAAACAGCACGACGUUGCGAAUUGUAUGGCAUGAGAAUGCAUCCAGCCAAAGACAUUGAGGGUGUUCCGCUCAAUUUGGCCGUAGCCCAUAUGGGGAUUGCGGUAUUUCAAGGCAUCACACGAAUCAACACAUUCUCUUGGGCAAAAAUACGAAAGAUUUCAUUCAAACGAAAACGUUUUCUCGUUAAACUACAUCCCGAAGGCUAUGGCUAUUACAAGGACACGGUGGAGUUUUUCUUCGAAACGCGAAACGAAUGUAAAAAUUUCUGGAAAAAAUGUGUAGAAAAUCAUGGUUUCUUUCGUUGCACAACGGUUCAAUCAACACCCCGGCGAAAAGCACGAGUCUUAUCGCGUGGCAGCUCAUUUCGAUACAGUGGAAAAACCCAAAAACAAAUUGUGGAAUUCGUGCGUGAAAAUUAUGUCAAGCGACAAGCAUUUCAAAGGUCUCAAUCAUUCCGACAGGGACCACUUCAAGCUAGUAGUCGAAGUCUGUCGCACAAUUCGUGCAAUGUGAAUUCCAGCAUUUCAGCACAUCCUUUGCUCCCGAUUGAGACUGCGGAAUGGGACUAUCGCAAUCCGAACAAAAAUUCGAUGACGCCUUCUCAGACGAAGAGGCAAGUGAGUACACCGAGUCACCAACUCGACAGUCAUACCGAACACACGCGGUCUCAAGUCACAGCAGCCCAGGUGGAGAUUUAUCCGACGAAGACUUCUGCAGCAACAACGGAACACAUGGAUUCGAGUCACUCUGCAUCUCCGGCAACCACAUGGAAUUCGCGCAAGCAAACCAGCAACAACAAUAUGCGAGAAAUCGAUCCGGCUCAUGGACGUUCCGAAGAUCCGAACCGGCACCGUUUUGCUCAUGUGGUGUCGCGCGACACCUUGCCUCAUCCCAACCGCAAAUUCACCUCGCCUCCGCAUAUGAGCCAAGCUGUCGGAACGGAUUCGGGUAUCAGCCAUCCGGUGCACAGUGCAACUGCUGUGCCCUCCGAUCAAUUGGAUCGGAAGCACAUUUAUACCCAGCAGCGGCAUGCGGCGGAGAAUUCGCUAACAACACAAUCGUCGCAAACAACAACCGCUUCGGUGGACAUCCAUACUACGGAUCAUACCAUGGUUCAGCCGCAAAUCUCACAUUGGCCACAAAUCAACGACGCCCACACCACCAGCAAUGCUUGCAAACAAAUCCAUUAUAGCAAUACGUUUUUGAUGUCUAAGUCCGUGAGCACUGAAGAAACGCAAUCGGAUCAGGACAUCAGUAGCGGUCCCGAUAACAUAAUCUAUCAAGACAUCAAUGAUUUGUACCGAAAUCGUGGUAGCAAUACUAAACUCAAUCAAACCACCAUUAGCAAUUAUAGUAAUUGUAAUUAUAACCAAUUAAAUCCGAACAAUAACACUAAUAAUGCAACCGUUAUGGCCGAUCUGUAUGCGACCAUUGAUCGCACGGCCAAAAUGAAAUCGCGCGAAAAUAUGCAACAUACGAUAAACAACGACGACACACGGCAACAAUAUAGCAACGAAUAUAUUGAUAAAUCAAAUCGAAACUAUCAAAAUUACCCAGACCAUCGUAUCUAUUCGUCGGCGGUGGCAGCCGCAACGGCUUAUCCAAACGAUACGAUUCCUUGUCGCGAUCCAAUGCCAGCACCACCAUUGUAUGCUCGUCACAGUAGUGCCGGUCUAAUGGGUGACGGUAGUAAUAAAAUCACACGAAACUACGAUCUAUCCGCAAUCAAUUCGAUUGAAUCGUAUGACAGCCACCAAUAUGCAACUAAGCAUCAUCGUUCGUUGAAUAAUUUAAAUAAUCAAAAUAAUGGUAAAGUGGUGGUGGUGACGACGACGGGCACUUUGGAAAGUAAUCCAAGCUAUUCGUCACUGAAGAAGAACUCGUCGGAAAAACUGGAAUAUGAACUUUCACAAUCGAAUAUUUAUUCGUCGGUACAGUAUAAAUCGAACGGUGGCCAAUCGACCACGUUGCCCAGACACUUUCAGUACAGCGAUGAGCGUGAUGAUAAUGAUAACGAAAAUGAGCUGGUCGACGAUCGACUAGUGGACAAAGACACUUGGCUUCGCAGUAGCUCUUGCAAAGACCUUUACGAUGUGGUUGAAUACAAGGGAACGCGUAAUGUUGCCAUUAACACCGGUCAACCAGACAGUUUUGACCGUGAAUUUUUGGCUUUUAAUCGCAUCGACUCGCCGAUUACUCGAUACGAUGACUCGCGUCACACUACAUACACGCCGAAAAAACAAUCGAUUGACAAAGAAGAUUUUAAUUCAUUUUCCAAGGUAUAUUCGUCAAGCUAUCCAGGCACCACAUACAAUGCUUUGGAUCAAACUCAUCGACGCAACAGUGACUGUCAGAUACAGCAUUCUGAUGAUGAACUGUCGCAUGACAGUUAUGAAUUGUUGGAAAAAUCCGAUAUUGAUGAUGAAGACGAACGUUUGUACAAUGAAAUGGUAUACAAUGCCCAGAAACGUCAUUCGUAUCAAUGUGAAACGGCUUUAGCCUACAAAAAAUCGCAAUCCAUGAAAAAACCGUUGAAUUUCUAUCAUCAACGCUCUUGUUCACUUGAUUCGGGCAACUAUAUUCCGACCGACGACGAAAGCAUUGGUUCGGAUGUGGCCAAUCAAAUUCAACAAGACGGCGCCUAUGCACUGUUCCAGCAUUAUGCUCAAUCGCAUUACAGUGGCUCGUAUGCGCCAAGCAAAUAUCGCACGCAUGUUUUUGUCGAUGAGAAAUCAAAAAGUGCCGCCGAUUUAAUGAACGAUAAUGAAUUCUUUUUGCUUGAGGACGCGCGCUAUUUGCCACGUGAAAAAAUGUGUGUCAAAUCGGAUGGUAAUUUUUAUAAGCAAAUCAAAGAGGCGAUGCGAGCGUCUAGUCAAGACUCCAAAAUCGAUUAUUAUUACGAUGACGAAAACGAAGAUUAUAACAAGCAUUCGUUGAAGAGUAGUGAUUCGAGUAAAAAAUCCAGAGAUAGUGUUUAUCAUACUGAUAGCAAAAAAUCACGUGAAACCACAUCGAAGAGUAAGACGUCGUUGAUUGGUUCGGGUUCGGGUGGUUUUAAUUCAUCGUCACGUGCAUCCAGUCAAGAUUCAAAAGAAUCACUCGACGAUGGUAAUAUAAUUGAUUUAACGUGUGGCAUGGUCAGUUCAAAAAAUUACGAAAUGCCCAAAACGACCAGCAAAAAGAUUCAACAGUUUACAAAUCGACACAUGAGCAGCGAACGCACUUCGAGUGUUGAAUCGAAAAGUGAAUAUUAUAUUGCGGUCGAUGAAGAGUUACACGAUGAAAUCCAACAUAUGUCGCAUGAAAAUUUACUCAAAGAACUUGCAUCGUCCAAGCAUUCGUAUUACGACAACGAAGUCACCUAUUCAUCGACAUUUCCCAGUAGCAAUAAGUGCCAAUAUAAUGUAAAUGGCAAACGAUGUGCAACCACAAGUGCAUCAACACCAACGUCUCAUGUUCAUUCAAUUAGUUUACAAAAUGUUGAGACUGAUCCAAAUGCACGCACGAAUGCAUCGUACGCCAAUACACCGACCAGCGCAUCGAAAAGCGCAAACGACAAACCAAUUUCACUGAUUAUCGCCGAGCAUCAGCAAAAGUUGUCGAAGGAAUUGAGUGAAGAGUAUCGACGCAGUUCGGCUGAUAAUAUUUUUAGCUUUGACAAAGAUAAAAUUCAAUCGUUGACCGGAAGUGUGGAAUCACCACCACCACCGAUGACACCCGGUGUUACACCGGCCACAGCAAUUUACACGGAAAAAUCGAAGAAAAGUCCCGAAUACCCGUUAACGCCCGAACUGAUGUCACAGUUUGAUAAACAAGUUAUCGAAUCACCACAUUUGAUAUGUAGCACUAAAAGUAAUCGCCUAGAAGAAUUGAUAGCCAAGACACACUUUGAAGAAUAUAAUCCACGUGUUGAUAGUAACAUUGCAAAGACAAGCACUUCACUUUAUCAUCCACAUGCCACGGUUGAACGCACCAAAAGUGACCCAAAUUCAUUGGCAAAUCGGUCACGCCUAAUGUCAAACUCACGUCGACACGUACUCAUGCAUCAGAAAUCCAUUGAUUUAACACCAGCCGAUACAAGUGACGAAGAAUACUUUUAUAAGCAAAUUCCGAGCGCACCGCCCGUUGUGUGCAAAGCCAAUUUCAAAGGGAUGUACAAUCCGAACAAUCAAAACUAUGAAGUGCAUCACACGGAUUUUACGAAAAAUUUCCUCAAAAAUUAUGAGCAAAAGCAUUUGCCACUUUUAAAAGAUGACAUUCCGUACAUUUUGCAUAAGAGGCAGGUAAUGAAUGGCACAGCGCCAUCGCCAAAGCAAAAAGUUAAAUCUCCUAAAUCACCAAAGUCACCGAAAUCCCCGAAAUCACCGAAAAACAAAGAUAAAAAGGGAGAUGGGGAUAAGAAAUCGGGCGGCGAAUUAAAGCCUAGCUCCGAUAUUUUGCCCGAUUUGCUUGACAAUUUAGCAAAAACCGAUAAGAGUUCAGGCUUUUUGUUCACACAAAAUAUUGACCUUUCGGCUGUUGAUCCUGUCACUUUGGAAAUCGACAAAAAUCUAUCGCCAACGGUGGCUCCAAUGAGCCCGAAGAGUCGUGAUAUCACGAAGCGAAUGGAUCCGAAAAUGAUGGAAACGCUCAAUCAUAAAUUGAGCCAAAUCGAAAGUGACACCAGCUCAAAAACAGACAGUUUGCAACGAAUGCGCGGCUCUGGCGGUGCUGUUUCCAAAAUGAAAAUCGAUACGCAAAAGAAUGAUGCUUCCGAUAUUAAAUUGAUUGGCGUGAAGAAGGAAAUCAACCAAAUGACGACCAUAAAACGUAUAAUAAAAUCUCGUGUUUCAAAGGGCAAAGGUCCAUCUCGCACUGGACCGAGAAAAAAUAAAAUUCGAAUCACCUCAUUUUCAUCCGAUGAUGAAAGUAUUGAUUCGGAUGAAGUGUUUGGUUCGGCUGAAGCGGUUCCAUCACGUUUGGAGUUUUCUCCGCCACAAUCACGAAGGGAAAUUGAACCGAUUCUGAAAAUUGAACACAGUAAAAUAAUGUCGGCUGCUUGGGGCCGUGGUCAAACCAUGAGUUCGACCGAGGUAGAAGGUUCGCCACCGCAAACCAGACGAUUAGCUGAGCUGGAAAGUCGUUAUCAUGCGCAUCCAAAAGAUCCCGCUUAUGUGAGUCAAAAGGAAUUGCGUCGCAUUUCCGAGCGAUCAAUAUCAAUCCCAAGCUCUGAGGACGAUGCAAUGCCACAGCCCAAAAAUUUGGAUGAAAUCACCAGUCAAGGCUAUCAUUUCACCGAGACGAUACCGUCACCAAUUUUGGAAAGUUGUGAAUUUCUCAGAACCGAUGAUGAUGCCUACGAAACAUGCCAAGAGACAAAAGUCACAUCGGAUGUUGAAUACACUCUGAUCACAUCGAAAGAAGUGCGCGAAACCAAGACAAAGAAAUCACGCACCAAAUUAAUCGAAGAGUUCAUUGAUUCAUCGAUUGUGGUGCGAUCCAAAGGACAUGCACCGAUAUUAUUUGCACAUGCUCGUUUGAAUUUGUCCGAAGGAUCGGCAUUUGCUUCGUUGCAACGCCAAAUUGCCACACAAGAUUCACCAACGGCCGGUCGUCGUGCCAAGAGUCUUGACACACCGAUUAUUUCACUGAAUAAAUUGCCACCGAUGAAUGCAUUCUCCACGAAAGACGACACAGUCGAUGAAGAGGGUGAAAUUUUGGAAGAAAAACCAUUAACUCCAAAACGCAACACUGUAACAUCGAAAAUUGGUGUGAACUCGAAGAAAAUUGUAACCAAAAAUGAUGUGAUCAUUGACACAGAGGAACAGGAAUUGUUGAACAGUUUGCGUUUCAUUGAAAAGAUCACAUUGCAAGGUGUUAAAAUCAAAGAAAAGAAAAAAUCCAAAAUGAAACUUCGCAGUGGUGAUCAUUUGAUUCUGGAUAUUCCACGGUAUAAAUUCGAUCAAUCGCCGUACAGUUCGGGUAAUAGUUCGAACCGUACAUCGCCGGGUGUGAGUCGAGCCAGUAGUAUCGAUAGCACUGGUCGUGGUGGAUUGAAAAAGCAUGUUUCCAAAAAAUCUAAGGAAAAAUUGCUUCUUCCACAAGAUCCACGCAAAUUAAAAGAUGAUUCGAAACGAAGCGAUUCAAAAGAAAGGCCUCGAUCAUUCGAUAAAGAUUUGACACCACGGCGAUUGAGCAAAGAGAAGAGUCGUUCGCAAGAAGAGUCCGAAUUGGAUGCAGCCAAACGCAAAGAGCGUCAACAAAAACUGUAUGAAUCGGCUGUAAAACAAACGAUACCCACACUUUUGAGCCCCGACAAAACCAUUCUGCCGGCAUUUCCCCAGCCACCUGAAGACAAAAUCUCCGUAACGACUGACGGUGAUAACAUUAUCAUUGACACUGAAAUUCGGAGUAAGGCCAAAGAUCAUGUGCUAAUCACAAAAUCACCGAAGAAGCUCGAUUGUUCGUUGGUAAAAUUUAGUCGAAGUUUUGAUGAAAAUCGAAGCCAAGAGAAAAUCGAAAAGGCAAACCGUAGCUUCGAAGAUCGUAAUAAAUCAAUGGAUGAAUCGGAUCGCUCAGAUAACGCCGAAGAUAAGGAUAAAGAAAAAGCACUUGCCAAGCAGAAGAUCGAAGGAACAGUCGUUCACAAACGAAUUGACGAAAAAUCGCUGUCUUUGGAAAAGGGUAAAAUGGCUCAUCCACCGCCUCAAUUCCUCGAUAUUGAAAUUAAAACUAGAAGCCUCGAUCGUACAUUUGACUUGAUCGAUUCAGUCACAUCAACGCCAGCUACGGAGAAAAAACUGACACUUCCACCGAAGAAAACUGUUACUAAACCGCCAGUAAGACCAGAGCCAAUUCCGAUCGAAGAAAUGGAUAUGCAAGCGGUGAUAACCGAAAGACGAAAAUUAGAAUUAUUGAAACGGCAAUCGUUGCCAUCGGAAGAUAAAACCAAUAAAGAAACGCAAAUGGUCGUAGAGAAAUUGGAGCAUGCAAACAGUGAGGAAGAGUCGUUGACUUGGGUGAGUGAAAUAAAACCAGACGAAGGUUUGGAAGAUGAUGCGGUCGUGCCACAGUGGCAACAUCGUAUUCCAACCAUUGAAUGCGAAGAGCCAUCGAUCGAAGAAGAACCAGACUAUGCUGAGGUAGCUGGGGAUGAGCAUCCAAUUCCACCGGUUCGCAUUCAAUCGAAAUUGAGCUAUGAACGCAGCAAAAGUGAUGAGUCUGGUUCAUCGUGGGUAACUAUUGAAUGCGAAGAGUUCAUUGGCACUGAUAUCUCCGAUAAUACACCCACGAACAUUGCAACUGUUAAACAAAGCACACUGGAAGAGGUAAACAAUGAUGAGCUCAUGCAAGCAAAUGAAUCGGGCAACGUAACGCCAACGCCUGAAAAUGUUAUGUCAAAACAAAUGCAACCAGAUGUUACAUUGGUCUCAGACAAACGAAGCUUUUCCAAACAGAGUACCGAUCGUUCGCGUAGCUCUGACACAUCGUCCAUGGACAAAGAGAUUAAGCCGAGAGAUGCAUCGGCAAAUAAUUUACAAAUAAAUCGAGCGUCAUUGGACGAUGAAUCGAGUGUGAGUUGUUCGAUUUCUCGGCCACUUGGCAUUUCACAGCCAAUCGAUGCAUCGGACGAAACGAAAUGCUCGGAGUUACGUGAACACAUGCUUUUGAAACUGAAACAAGAGGAAUUUGAUGCAAAAGACGAGAUCCAUGGUAAAACGCCCACUCUUGAGAAGCAAAGCCCCAUUGAUUUGGGCUCGAGUUGCGAACAAGAUGCGAUUGAAGAACGCAUUUCAAAGUUACUCGCACGCAGCGAUUCGAGUGGUAGUUCCGAUUCGCAUGGCAAAAAGAAGAAAUCGAAAAAAAUGGCACCAGAACAAGAAAUUGCCUCGGUGCAUAAGAAAAUGCAUCGUCUCGACGAGAAAGGUGAAAGUUCAAAGAAAGCGAAGUCGCCCAGUCCACAGCCAAAAGGCAGUGAUAGUGACCAACGUAGUUCGCAGGAAUCGAAAUCGAGCGCCGAGUCAAAAGGUUCGUUGAGCGUUGAAUCGAAGAGUUCAUUUGAAACUGAAAGUAGCAGCGGCUCAGUGGGAGCUGCUCAACGACGUGGUCUUUUGCAGCAAAAAGAGCAACAAUCGACUUUUAAAGGGUUCAAUGUUGAAAGUUCAGGCAGUUCCAGUUUGGACGAUUGGAUUGCAAUGGAAGACGAUGGCCGGAGCAGUAGCAACGAUAAACGUAAUUUGGAUGAACAAAAAGAAAGUGAUUCAAGCAUACAAGAUGAAAUCACUGAUCCCGGACCGAAUUAUGUCAGUCCAAACGAUGCGAUUCCAUAUAAUUCGAAUUUUACGCUGAGCCGAACAUUGUCGCGCAUUUCGGAACGAAGCACGGCUUCGGAGAAAUCAAGUUGUGAAGAAGAGAUACGCAGCGGUGAAUUAAGUCAAAAUGACGCCGAAAGCAUUCACGAGGAAUGUUCGAUCAUUUCGAGUGAUCAUCAAGCAAGUAUCAGUUCUGAUUCGCGUAGUAUCACCAAUUUCGCUUAUAUUUCGGACGGCGAUCGGCGUACAUCGGCUGAAAUGCCGGAAAUUCCAUGCGAUUCACAGCUCAGUGAACGCCUGGCCGACAUUUAUGGCAUGGAUGAAGCGGCCGGUGUGAAAACAGGCCGCUUCUGCAUAACAAAUGUUGAAGAAGGUGCUGCACGUGCAUGCGCUUCGAAGAGAGGCUUGAUCCAUUCAAAUUUUCCUAAUCAAACCGAUAAACGCACGCUAGACUGUCUGUCAAAUGCAGGCAGUCAAGAUUCCGAAGAUUUUCCACUCCCUGACAUUCCCUAUGACGAUAGUGUACCAUUACAGCAGGAGCUAUCCAUUGAAACCCACAUUCGAACGGUAGAUCAACCGAUUCAACAACGCAUUUUGCCAAAAACUUUCUGUUGGCAACGGUCGACUUCAAUUCAAUCGCAUGAUUCUGAAAAUUGGCCAUCGCCACCCGACAGUGCCGAAUUAGAAACACCAAUUGUUGAAGAGGUGUCGACAUUUUUCGUUGACGUACCCGAAAUUGCGGCACAAGUAAUGGUUGACUCGUUCACAGAUACAUCCGUAACACCAACUACGGCACAUCAAAACGAAAGCGAAAAUGAGGAUGAUGUUAGCAGCCAAUUGGCUGACAUUUCCAAAGACACUUCACAAACUGAUAAAACAAUCGAAACUCCAAUCAUUAGCCCAAUUAUUGGGCAGAAAAAAUUGCCCAUGUCACCGGUCGAAAGCACUUCUUAUUUACCAAAAUCCCCGCCACCUCCGGCAGAAGAAAGCAAAUGCUUUGUUGAUCCCUAUGAACCGAAGAGUUGUUUGAGCAGUGCUUCAUGCUUACGACCAGCAAAUACAUGUUGCAAAGGUCACAAACACAAUGUGGGUUUGAUUAAAGAUCAGCCAGAUACUAAUAAAGUCAUUGUUUCGCAACCGACGCGUUCGUCUCCACCACAAAGCGAAGUGUUGGGCUUUGAUGACGAACCAUUCGUUGUCGAUGACGUAUUCAGUCCAGGCACUGUUCAACCGAUUGCUUCUCCCGAUGACGUCAAAUUCGCCGAGUAUUUCAAUCGCAAAAUUUCGCGUAGUUCAAACAACUCGGACACUUCAAACGACGAUAUUCUGUCAAGUACUUUCGAUCGCGAUGACAUUACCGUUCGACGUCGCAGUAGCAAUCUUGAUACAACAACCGUUGACCAAACGCUGACAAAGAGCAGCAGUAGCUCAAACAAAAAAUGUAGCCAUUCAAGUCAUUCGGAAGAGGAGACCAGUUCGUUUGGUACCGAUUUGGAUGGAACGGUUCGCAUGGGUAAACCCAUUAAAUGCACACACAGCUCACAUUCCGAAGACACUUCAAUCGGUUUGAGCAUUUCCGAAUGGAGCACCGGCACCAAUACCGUGCGUCAAUAUGCCAACUUAUCAGGUUCCGAUAGUCUUUCAGCCGUUUCAAAUCACUCGGGUGGCAUCAAAAGUGAAUCGAAAUCUAAUCACACCAAAUCGAGCAUGAGUUCGCUCAACAAAUCCACCGAGAGCCUGGAUGAGAAGAGUGUCGGCAGUUUUUCAAGCAGUAAAUUGAAAAGAGGCAUCAGUGGUGGUAGCAAUGGUAAUGAUCCAAUCAAGUAUGAACAAUUCUUCUCUAGUUCAGACACUGAUAAAUUGACCGAAUCCAUUUCGGGCACACCGAAAAGUGAUGAUACUACAAUGACCUUAACCGAAAUUGCUCAGAGCAUCACUGAAUGGUCGACGAGCAGUAGUAAAACGCUUGUUGCCACAAUCUCACAACUUGAUUCAACGAAAAUGGCUUCGACUAGCGACAGUAAUUCCAGCACGCUCAAAAGCAACGGCGACUCAAUUCGAUCCCUACCGUUGAAAUCGGUCGGUGGCAUCGAUUAUGUGCAAUUGAAACAGCAUCUUUCGUCGCCACCAAAAGAGGAUGAAGGUAAAAAAUCUCCACCGAAAUCGACCGAACGCCCCGUUAAAAUACCACCGCGAAUUGUUGACAUGCAAGAGAAGAAACCACAAUUCAUCGGAACGUUUGAAGAAUCGUCUCCGCUUCCGAGCGUUGCCGGUAAACGGCGGUCGCUUGAACUCAUGUCGAAACGCUAUCAAAGCCAGGACAUCGUGUCAGAAAGUGAACAAUUCAUCGAAAAAUUGUACGGACACGACGAAAAGUUAACGGAACGGUAUCAAAGUCAAGAGUUCCCACAGCCGAAAACUUCGAGAGCACCUACAACUCUCGAUUCGAUCGAAGAAAUUGAAGUGAAGGGUGAAGUGGACGAAACACAAGAUCGAAUGAGCCCAUUUGAUAAACCGCUAAUUAAACAUCACAGUUACGAUGAUAAAACUUUGUCGAAGAGUCAAAUUCGUGAAUACAAAACAUCGUUGAAGGUUCGCCAAAAUAAUUCAUUCCAUGAGCACAUGCUUUCCCUUCCCCCGAUUCAAGCGGAAUGCUCGCAAACUAUCGAAGAAGAAGGUGGCCAAAGCUCGUCCACCACCACCGUUACAUCGCAGUUGAGCGGUGAGACAAGCACGGAAAAUUCGUCUCCGAUGCCUACACGGCCUGAAAAAUUAGUCAAAUGUUCACCGUAUCUGUCGAGUAGUUUGAGCUCUGAAUCGCCUCCGAUUCAAGUCAUUCAAAAACCACCACGUAGAACAUCGAUGACACGCUUUAAGAGCCCAUCUUCAGGCAAUGAAACCGAUAGUUCGGUCGAUUUCCGACAACAAGAUCCCAAAUUGCGUACGAGAGGCAUGCGCAAAAAGCGACAAAUCGCCAAUGUUAAACGAAUUAAAACACCAACAUCGCCGGUCAUUGAACAGGAAAGUUCAGCCGAAAGUUCCGACUUGUCCAAAGAACAAACCUAUUCGCAUGAAUACUACGAAGAAGUGGAUGAUGAUUACUAUGAUGAGUAUACGGAUAUUGAGUCAAGGCACUCGGCACCGUAUCCAUCAACGUCGAAAUUCGAAAGUCUUGAUAUGUCACAUGAUCUCGUCGACGAAAUGGGCUUUCCCAAAUAUGAUCGCUUGAGUCACAUCACAAAUCCACUUUAUAAACCACAAGUAGCUGCCAAACCAUCAAUCGCACCGAAACCGGUGCUCAGUCAAUCAAGUGGCUCACAACCGCCCGAAAAACCAGCACGACAGAAAAAACGACCCGUUAAACGCGAAGAUUCAAUGAAUGCUGGGUCGGGAUAUGAAUGCGAUACACCGCCCAAAACAAGCAUUCGAACACAAAACUAUUCACAACACGACGAACCAAAAUCCGAAACACAGUCAAGCAUUUCGGAUAACAUUUACUAUUCAAGCGAAGAAAGUAGUUGUCAAUUGUCGUCGACAAUGACAAAAACGAUGGUGCGUAGAGAUUACGAUACACGUUUAUCGAAUAUUGAGUAUGAAACUCUACAGAAUAUCCCCGAUUGCGGAUCCGAUGCGGAAAAUUCGGAAUUUUUCGAUUUAAAUGAAACCGUCGUACCGCCACCAACCACAUUCAUGGGCGGCGGCGAUUCGGAACUCAGUGACGAGCAGUAAACUCCCUAUCGCGAUCAACCUAUAUAUCCAAACUAAGUCUCAUUUCAUUUAAUAUAUGCCAUUGGAUUUUACUUUUGGUUUUAUAGAAGAAUCACGAAAUGAAGAGAAAAAAAAACGAUUAAUCAAAAAAAGAAGAAUUGUAGUAAAUUAUGACGACGGUAAUCAAAAUUAAGUUAGUGCAAUUUUUUCGUAUUCAUGCACGAAAUUUCAAUCGUGUGUGUGUGCGUUUUGGCUUUGAGAUUCUUACAUUCAUUUAUUCCAAGUGCGAGCACAAAAGCAUUAUGUGCCAAAAAAAAGAGAACUAAAUGUAAACCAAUACUGUGAUUUUCUAACCAAUUCCGAUUCAUUUGUUUUUAAAUCGACCUUUACUAAUGAAAACGACACAUUUUAAAUCAAAAUCAAUGAUGCACCCGUAGAGUCAUACCCGCGACUUACACACAUACUCGUUUUGUGUAAAAUUUCUUUUGUUCAUACACCUAUCGCGAAACACGAAAUUAAAACGCAAUCUCAUGUGGAGAACAAUGAGAAAAAAAAAGAAAGAAUGGCCUCUGAAUCAAAUAUUAUUUUCAAAGGUCAAAUCAAAUUAUUAUUCGAUUCCCAAAGAUAACCUUUGGUAGCUACACGAAAUGAAACAGUAUAAACAAAAGUAUAUUUGGAGAAUGUCAUUUAUAUAUAUAUGUAAUAAUCGUCAACGGAAAUUGUGCCAAAAUAUAGUGGAAAACAGAGGAGGAAAAGAGUGGUAUUACCAAUAAAAUGAGACGACAAAAAUGGCCCUAAAUGAUAAAAAAAUAACAGGAACACAAAAAAUAUAUAAAUGAAAAUAUUUGUUUUCUAAUAGCUUUAAACACACAAUUCAGAGAUUUUCAUUUGAAAUAUUUUCUAAGGAUUCACUCGUUUGGAACUCUUUAUAUUGAAACAAUUUAACACUUGAACCAAGAUAAAAGAAAUUAACCACAACAACAACAACAAGCAACAAAAAAAAUAUCUAGUUGUUCUAAAAAUCCAUUCAAUUCAACAAACCCAUAGUAUUUCGAUGCUCAAUUUUAUUGGUAUUCAAUUACAAUUUUUAGCGAAUCGGUGAAAUUGUGACAUGUUACGAAAUGAAUGUAGCAAAAAGAAAAGAAAAAGAUUAUCGAUUGUUCCAACCUACAAACAAAUCGAAAAAGAAAACCAAAACAAAUGUACUCAUUGUGUUAAAUGGCAGAAAAACAAAUCGAAUCAAAGAAAAAUGAAUAUUGAGUGUCUGUUAGAGAAAAUCGUUACGUUUUUAAAGGUUUUUAUGUGUUAUGUAUAUUUAAAUAUUGAGACAGAAAAUUAACAAAAUACAACUAUUUGCAUUUAAAUCUAAACAUUAAACAAAACAAAACCCAAAACAAGUAAAUGUUGUGCGUCUUUCCCGUAAGAUGAUUCGUUUUAAAUCGAUUUACGUUUCAUAUUUCUAUCUCCUGAUGAUAUAGUUUUUAAGCGACUAGCGAAAUCUUUUUCUUUUUUUUUCUUCCUUAUUUUACCCUUUUUAGCAAAAUGGGAUAAAAUCAUCUGAACCUGAACAAAAUUUAUCAAAUGUGACAAAAUAAAAAUUAUAAAGAAGAACAAGAAAUCUAAGAAUCUAAACCACAAUUUUUGGGAAUGAGAUUAUUGUACUAGAUUUAAAUAGGAUUUGAAUAUAUUUGUUUGAAGAACAAAAAGAAAUUAUUUAAAAUAAUAUGAGAAAGUUAUUUAUUGAAAUCGAUAACAAAAAGAAAUUCUUCUGUGGUUCAUGAGAUUCUGCAGUCUGCACUCCAUGCGGCAAAUCUACUUACUAAUGGCAUUUUCAAAUGCAUCACUUAAUACGAAAAGAAAAA